AUGCACCCAAUCUUCCUCCUUCUCCUCUUCUUCUACUCCGCGGACGCCACGACACCGUUUUCGUCUAAGGAAAUACAGCCUGAGGAAACCCCUUCCGUCUGCUCCCAGACUUUCGCCUGUGGCCCGCUCCAAGGCCUCUCAUACCCGUUCACCGGCGGGGCACGCCCUGCCCACUGUGGUCCACCGGAGUUCCACAUCAGCUGCGUGGACGACUCGCCCGAGCUGACCAUCAUGUCGCUGAGGUACCGAGUUCUCGAACUCGACCCAGUUCACAAAAAUCUAAGGUUAGUCCGCUCAGACCUCUGGAACUCGACAUGCACAGACAAACUCGCCAACACAACUAUCAAAUCCGAGUUCUUCGCCUACAAUGAGAACGACGACAUGGAGGUGUCCAUUUUCUACGGCUGUAAUUCCUCUACCAUUACGCCCAAGCCCGAGAAUUGGUUUCACUGCAACGUCAAUUUGCCUUUCAACGACUCUUAUUACUUGAUCGAGAAGUUCCCGAUCGACCAGAUUAUGAGCGGUGUCAAGUGUAAGAUUGAAACUACAGUGCCGAUUCUCAAGACCGCGGCUGCGAAGCUCGGUGCCAACAGGUCGCUGUUUCAGGAAGCGAUCAUGGAAGGCUUUAAUGUUAACUAUACCAACCCUUAUGAUAAGGAAUGCGCUAAAUGUCCUAAUUUUAAAACGGGCUGUGGGUUUGACCCCCAUACGAACCGGCCCGUUUGCCUUUGUGGGGAUCGGGUGUGUGACUUAUCAGGAGAAGGCAUUGGGGUUGCUGCUCUGUUGAUUAUCAUAAUCCUUUUUUUUACUAUAUGCAUAUCAAGGAAAAGAAUAAUGGCCUUCCUCAAGAGAGAUGAGAGGGAUGAGUUUGAUGUUGAGGCAUUUAUAAGGAACUAUGGAUCGCUUACUCCAAAGCGGUAUACCUAUGAAAAUGUCAUGAAAAUGACAGACUCUUUCAGAGACAAAAUAGGUAAAGGUGGAUAUGGAACUGUGUACAAAGGCAGGCUACCUGAUGGGCUUCUGGUGGCGGUCAAAGUCCUAAGUGAGUCCAAGGGUAAUGGAGGAGAAGAUUUUAUUAAUGAAGUUGCUAGCAUUGGUAGAACCUCCCAUGUCAACAUAGUCACUCUUUCUGGAUUCUGUUAUGAGGGGGACAAACGAGCUUUGAUUUAUGAAUACAUGCCUAAUGGAUCUCUGGAUAAUUUCAUACAUAAGCACGGGUCUGGAAUGGCAAAUUUUCGCUUAGAAUGGAAAACACUAUCUGAAAUUGCAGUUGGUAUUGCGCGAGGACUAGAAUACCUACACCGUGGAUGUAACACAAGAAUUUUGCAUUUUGACAUCAAGCCACAGAACAUUCUUUUGGACAAAUAUUUUUGCCCGAAAGUUGCUGAUUUUGGCCUAGCCAAACUAUGCAAAACGAAGGACAGUAUUGUAUCGAUGAUGGGUACAAGAGGAACUGCAGGAUACAUUGCACCAGAAGUGUUUAGUCGGAACUUUGGAGGAGUAUCUCACAAAUCUGAUGUUUACAGCUACGGGAUGUUGGUUCUUGAAAUGGUUGGAGCAAAAAAGAAUUUGGAUUCGGGAGUGUCUCAUACGAGUGAAAUGUUUCCACAUUAUGUUUAUAAAGAUCUAGAGCUAGAUAAGGAUGAAAAUACAUUUGGGGAUCCGGAUAUAUCUGAGGAGGAAAAAGAAAUAGCAAGAAAGAUGAUAUUAGUAAGUCUCUGGUGCAUUCAAACCAUUCCUUCUGAUAGGCCAUCAAUGAGGAAAGUUGUAGAGAUGUUGGAAGGACCCCUUCAUUCCUUGCAAAUUGCACCAAAGCCUUUGUUGUUUUCUCCUACAAUAGCUGCAGAAGACACUAUGACCACAUCCCAACCAUCUGCAAUGGAUUCUGUGACCACAUACCAACCAUCUGAAAUGGACUAAGGCAAUUAGUUUCAUUAGAAGAUCUUUUGUAAUUAGGAACUGCCAGUUGAAUUGAAAGAAAGUUGGCUUGGUGAAAAUGAAACCGUUUUUUAUU